AUGUUUGACAAUAACAUUGAUAUGACAAGUAAUACAACCGUUAGUUCAACUACAGCUUUAUUAAGAAAAUAUCCAAUAACAUAUUAUUUUGUUCCUUUUUAUGCAAUACUUUUUCUUAUUGGAACAUUUGGUAAUGGUUUAGUAUUUAUAAGUAUUCUUCGUUCAUAUCGUCUGCGUACUGUGACCAAUACUUAUUUACUCAAUAUAGCUGUAGCUGAUUUUCUUCUUCUCUUAAGUAUACCGUUUCUUAUUGUUACAAUUCUUGCUAACGGAUGGAUAUUUGGGCAAGUUUUAUGUAAAAUGUAUUAUAAUUUUAUUCAUAUUAAUCAAUAUGUUAGUUCAUUAUUAUUGGCUGCUUUAUCAUUUGAUCGUUAUCUAGCUGUAUGUCGUCCAAUUCAAGCUAUUGAAUUUCGGACAAGAACAAAAUGUGCCUUGAUUAUAGCAGGAUGUUGGCUUAUUUCUGUUCUUUUUCUUUGUCCAACAUGGGUAUUUGCAACUGUCACAUCCGAAAGAUAUAUUGUUUGGUAUGGAUAUCAAGUACAGAAAUGUGUAAUUGAUUUUCCAGCAAUUAUAUUUACGAUUCCUCCUGAAAUUGUUUUUACUUAUUAUGCAUUUUUACUCGGUUUUCUUUUUCCUGUAUCAAUGAUUACAACAUUUUAUGUUCUUGUUCUUGUACGUCUUCAUCAUAUACGUCGUAAACAUCGAUCUGAGUUAAAAGAACGCUCACAUCGAAAAGUUACACGUAUUGUUUUGGCUGUUAUAACUGCUUAUUUUAUUUGUUGGGUACCAUAUUGGUUUUUACAAAUAUUUAUAACAAUCGAUCCAUUGAUUCAAUCAUUACGUUUAAACAUUUCAAUAUUACCAGCCAAUAGACAUAUGCGUUUUCUUAAAGAAUUAACACAUUUAACAACAAUAAUUGGUUAUGCUAAUAAUUGUCUUAAUCCAGUAUUAUAUGUGUUUCUAUCUGAUUCAUUUCGUGAAGAAUAUUUACUUGUUCUCAAUUGUUUUCAUUCUCGUGGAACGGGUCAGCAAAAUAAUAAACCAGAUGAAAAUAUUCAAUUAUUUGAACGUAAGCCAAAGCGAAAACGACGCAAAUUAUUUUUUUUCAGAACACAAAAUGAAAUUGUAAUGAAACAAGCAAAACAUAGUGUUGCCAUUGAUGAUAUACCUUCAGAAAGUCGAACAUUUUCAUUUUGUUUUAAUAAUUCAAAUGAUCAAAAUUGUUACUCUACUUCAUCAAUGUCAUCACGAAUUAUCAAAAAUAAUUCCAAGAAUACUGUUCAUUCAUCCAUUAUUCUUAAAUCAUCUAAAUCUCGGCAUAUAUCUUUUACUAACAAAUUAAAUCAUUCUGCUGUAGAAAACCUAUCAGUUGAAAUAAAAACAAAUCCAACUAGUCAAUCAACAACUAUUAUCGACGACGGUGGUGUUUAUUGUGGUGAUUAA